AUGACUGCUACUUUAGAAAGACGCGAAAGCGCAAGCCUGUGGGAACGUUUCUGUGCUUGGAUUACUAGUACUGAAAACCGUCUAUAUAUUGGUUGGUUUGGUGUACUAAUGAUACCAACACUACUAACAGCUACAUCUGUAUUCAUCAUUGCAUUCGUUGCUGCACCUCCAGUUGACAUCGAUGGUAUCCGUGAACCAGUUGCAGGUUCUUUACUUUAUGGUAAUAACAUCAUUUCUGGUGCUAUUAUACCUAGUUCUGCAGCAAUUGGUAUUCACUUUUAUCCUAUUUGGGAAGCUGCAUCUUUAGAUGAGUGGCUAUAUAAUGGUGGCCCAUAUGAACUAAUUGUUCUUCACUUUAUUUUAGGUGUAUGUUGCUAUAUUGGUCGUGAAUGGGAAUUAAGCUACCGUUUAGGUAUGCGCCCUUGGAUCUCAGUUGCUUUUACAGCUCCUGUAGCAGCAGCAGCAGCAGUAUUUCUUGUUUAUCCAAUUGGUCAAGGAAGCUUCUCUGAUGGUAUGCCUUUAGGCAUCUCUGGUACAUUCAAUUUUAUGCUUGUUUUCCAAGCUGAGCAUAACAUUCUAAUGCAUCCUUUCCACCAAUUAGGUGUAGCAGGUGUAUUUGGGGGUUCUUUAUUUAGUGCUAUGCAUGGUUCUCUUGUAACUUCUAGUUUAAUUCGUGAGACAACUGAAAACGAAUCAGCUAACAAUGGUUACAAGUUUGGUCAAGAAGAAGAAACUUAUAAUAUUGUUGCAGCUCAUGGUUACUUUGGACGUUUAAUUUUCCAAUAUGCUAGUUUUAACAACUCUCGUUCGCUACAUUUCUUCUUAGGUAUGUGGCCUGUUGUAGGUAUUUGGUUUACAGCAAUGUCUGUUAGUACUAUGGCUUUCAAUUUAAAUGGUUUCAACUUCAAUCAAUCAGUUGUUGAUAGCCAAGGCCGUGUAAUUAAUACUUGGGCAGAUAUUUUAAACAGAGCUAAUUUAGGUAUGGAAGUAAUGCAUGAACGUAAUGCACAUAAUUUUCCUCUAGAUUUAGCGUCUGGUAACUCAUUACCAGUAGCUCUAGUUGCACCAGCUGUUAAUGGUUAG